CGUGCUUAUACAUUCGUUUAUCUAAUUAUCUUGAUAUUAAUGGUUAUGAUGUGUUUAUAAAUUGUAUCGUUGUUACACUUUUAUUUGAAUUGAAAUAGAUUAAAAAUGCCUUUUAUGAUCGGAACAGCGCCUAUUAGGCGUACGGUUAAAUAUUUAGAAGCUGGAAAACUCGUUUUGAAAAAAUCUAUUCAAAUAAUGUUGAUUAACUACAAUUCACAUGGAGAUCAUCACAAUGGAAUAAGAAACUUUGUAUUUUGGCAUCUAUCACAGAUAUUAUAUAAAAAUCCAGAUGUUCAAGUUGUAACUAUAAAAAAUAAAACCCCAUCACCUUUUAUAUCAUGUUUUUAUGAAAAUGGAAAGAAAAUGCUAAUUGAUGUUGAUAUGAAAAGCAAGGAUGAAAUUAUGGAUCAUUUGCUACAAGUAAUUGGAAAAUCAAAAAAAACUUUGAUGGAAGAAGACGUAUUAAAAAUGAAACAGGAUAACCCAGCAAAUUUUGGAUUUGGCUGCGAGAAAAGUUGUAUAUGUACAAUUCCAGGUCAAUUACCUUGUCCAGGUACAAUCCCACUUCCUUACCAUUUAAGGGGAAAAUACUUAAUGUCUAAAAAUAAAUAAUUUAUAUUAGUAAAUGUAUAUCAUUAUAGAUAUUUUU